GCUCCUAAGAAGACACUUCUCAAAGAUUAGAGGAAAAUGCCUACUCGCUCAUUGCUGCCGUAUGUAGACAUCCCAGAUGGACAUGCCCAAGAUAUUCUCAGUAGUAGCGAUGUGAGCAUCCCAAAGCCUGGCUCUAGUAUGACGCCAUACACUACCUAUGCAGAAAAGGCUGUGCUGCAGAUUGAAGGAAGUGCCUCACUGUCCUGUAUGUUCUGUGAGCAGAUUUUCACUCAUCAGGACGAAUUAGGGCCCCAUGUCCUAACUCAGCAUCCCACUACAUAUUUUGAACCCACAGUGCUUCGGGUUGAAGCCGAAUUGAAGAUCCCAGGAGGGGUAGCCCAACCCAAGCAGAGCAGUUUAGAAACAGAGGAGGUUCCCAGCUGUAUCCUGUGUGGUCACAUAGCACAAGAUGCCAGCGAGCUGGAGACCCAUAUGCGGAAGCACAAGGACUACUUUACGUACUGUUGCAAUGUCUGCGGGCGCCGUUUCAGAGAGCCUUGGUUUCUUAAAAAUCACAUGAAGAUGCAUGUCAAACCAGGACCGAAGAGCAAGGCCUCGCAAGAUGCGGAUACCCCGGCGACGGUCAACGAUGUUGUUCAAGAAUCUGCUGCAGAGCCCGUCGUCACCGUUUACAAAAUGUGCAUGGUUUGCGGAUUUUUCUUUCCUGAUCAUAACAGUUUGGCUGAACACAGUAAAGUACAUAUUCGAGAGAUGGAGUCCAGCAAAGACGAGGACAAGAUGAAUGAUGCUCCUGAAUCUUUCCAAAAAGAGAAGUUUCUUAGUAGUUUCAACCUUUACCCUUCCUCAGAAGUAAACACUUUGAAAAAUGUGAGAUCCUCAAAAUGGAUCCCUCAGCUUGAUCCCUUCAACACAUAUCAGGCCUGGCAACUUGCUACAAAAGGCAAGAUAGCAGUUGGCCCCAAUAAUCCUAAAGAUACCGGUCAGGAAGUCAGCACAGACAAUGACGAUUCGGGCUCUGAUAAAGACGAGCAGAAUAUUUGGACUGAAGGUCGGGGAGAAAAAAGCGAGGCUCCAGGGAGAGAGCUCCGAUCUCACCAGCAGGCCUUGAUAGAAGAUCCGCAUCCACCGCGGAGGUCUCUAAUGCAAAAAGACAAGGACAAAGACAGGCCAACCCAUUGUGAGGAAUGCAAGAGGAACUUCAGGACCUACCACCAGUUAGUUCUCCACUCCAGGGUCCACAAGCGGGAAAGAGGUGGUGGAGAUAGCCCAACUUCUGCUGAUGGGAAGCUGCCAAGAAUGGUCUCUGUGGACCCAACUGAGGAAGGCUUUGAGGAGGGCAUGGAGGAAAACUUAAUCUCAGGUGAAGAUGGUUUUGAUCGAUCAAAAGUCAGAUCAAAAGCAUGCAGUUUUUGUGGCAAAUCAUUCAGAUCAAGCUAUUACCUCACAGUUCAUUUGAGGACGCACACAGGAGAGAAACCUUUCAAGUGUGCUUAUUGCGAUUAUGCCGCUGCGCAGAAGACUUCGCUAAAAUAUCACCUCGAUCGGCGCCACAAAGACAAACCUUAUGUGGAAAUCCCCAACAGACCGGUGCCUUCACUGCCCUCUGCCGAAGACAGAAAACAUGGAAACGGUGAUGAAAAUCCCUCCCCAAGCAGCUCCAAACUCUGGGUUCCUCAAGCAAAUGAAUGCACAAAUGUAGUAACAGAUAACGGCAAGCCUGGGAAACCAGUUGCUCAAGUAAACAGUGAGUGUGAGAAAUUACCUACAAAAAAUGCUCAUUCCUCAACUGAUGAUGUUGGCGAUAAUCUCUUAAAAUUCCCGGUACCCGUUGACCUGAAAGGGGAGACAGAAAUGAAGACUGACAACGAGGAAGCCCCAUUAAAUCUCUCAGUAAAAGUGUCUCUAUCUAUUCCCAUCGAUCCAGAACCUAAAUAUGCAUUAAGCCCAAUUUCAUGUCCAUUUUGCGCUUAUAAAACGAUAUACCCAGAGGUUCUUAUCAUGCACAAAAAGCUGACGCAUAAAGACAACUCGGACAGUACCAAAAAGAACGGGCCAGGAGGGACUAUUAAAGAGAAACGGUACACCGGCUGCCCCCCGGCGCUCAACGGCAACGAUGUGGCCCCGCUUCUGACGACUGACCGGCGCUAUCCCCGCCGGACGAAAUCCCCCCCUCCGCAAUCCAAAAGGCCUCAACAGAGCGCACUGGUUAAGCCGUCCCACUGUCCCAAGCAGUCAUCUAUCCAUGCGCCGCAGGACGUCCAGGAGACGCUGCGUUACAGGCAGGGCGUCGAUUCCCGCGCCGGUCCGGAACCUUCCAGGUACACGGAGCUCCUGAGGAAAGCCACGGCAGGAAGCAGCUACAUCAUGGACAGAGUGGGAGCCGUCGAGAGGAAUUACCCAGCCAGACACAACGCCAUUUGGAACUCGAACGCGGCGCGGCUAUGCUUGUCCAGCCAAUUCAGGGGCCUCCCGCAGAUAGAUUUCGGCGAACCCUCCGGCAAGAGGUUGAAGUUCUCCGUACUGGCGAGCAGGGACGCAGAAACCGCUGAGAAGCCCGGUUUCAGAGGACCCCCGGCGGAUGGAUCCAACCGGAUGCUCCUCACGGGGAGAGGCGGGAAAACCACACCCCACGGCUCGGGCCCGGCCACGGCCUCCGAGGCUCACGGCCCAAUUAAAAACACGUCCCCGCCCUUAGGGGGGGGGUUGGACUCCGAAUGGAGCAUGAUGAACCUCCUGCGGCCCUGCGCCUCCCUCUAUCACAGCACACCGGGGAACGCCACUCACGGAGGACUGGUCAACCCCAGAACCGGUGGCAGAACUGUGCUGUUCCAACACUUACCCAGUCUACCCAACCUUCAGAGGAGAGACCCCUCGGGCUCGUUCUCAAAGCAACGCUACGGGACCACUGACAAAAGCUCCUAAAAAGCUUCAACAUAAAUCAUCCAGAAAUCUUUGGAUUCACAUAAGACCACAUUUUUUUAUUUCUUAUUUGAACACUGUCCAGAAUUUCCCAAAAUGAUUUCAUUUAUUUGUUUAUUUAAAUUAAAAUUUCAAAGUCUUUUUCCUUUUUUGUAGACUUAAACUGUGCUGCUACCUUAUUUUGGAGAGCUCAAUGAAAAAAAAGUUUAAUUUAUGAAAAUAAUAUGAGAAUGGAUUGACUCAAAACGUGCUUAUGCUUCUCUAGUUUGUUUAUUGAAAGAAUACAUUUAGUGUAACUAAGACAUUUAAAGACUUAGGAUUACAUUUUUGUUUGGUUUAGUAUUGUUUGGAAUGGGAAAAGUGCAAGUUAUUAUUGAAAUAUGUUUCCUCUGGUGAACACUGGGAGUCUUUCCACUCAGAACUAAAAUCCAUAUUUACCCCCACACUAAUGUUUCUAAAAUCAAUUUGUAAUGUAAGAAUUAAAUUUAAACGUGGGCUGAGAAAAGUGUGUCGGUCCAUGGGAUGGUGUCGAGCUAAAACCUAAAAGAAAAUUGUGUGAAAUUUGGCUUCUCCGUAUAUACUGUUAAAGCAGUUGCACAGAAUUCUGUGAAUUUUUGUCUUUUCCCCAAAGCAGUGGAGGGUAAGGAGACCAUUAGUUUACAAACACACCACAGUAACAUUUCCUCACGUAUGCUAAAGUGCUCUACCUCAUGUUGUGCUCAAGAAACCUUUCAUUUUCUCUUUCUUUUUUCCCCCCCAAAGCUGCUGAAGCUAU